CGUCACUGCUGGAUCUGUCAGAGUGAUUUUCCAACGAACUGAAAGUCGUGAAAGUUCUAUUUGAAAGAGUGGUAAACAAGAGGGAAAGGCGAGCUGAAGUGCUUCCUAUGGCGUCAAAUCAGCCACUUUCCGACGACUUGGGCGUGCCGGCAUCGCUUGAAAAGUUAAAGAAACAGUUCGACGCUUUCUACUCGUACCGGACUGUUCUCAAGGAAAGCUAUGGUCGAGUGUCCGCCUCUUUCCAACUCUUGGAAGGGGAUGAGGUCUGUGAUAGCCUGAAGAACGUUUUUACAGAAGGAACUAAUGCCAUCGACGGGGUCCUUGAGAAAAAUCCGGUCAUCAUGAUCGGCGGUCAGCUCAACUGUGGCAAGUCGUCCUUCAUUAAUCUGCUGUUGAACCGUCGAGUGGUCCCAGUGAAUCAACACCCUUGCACGGCGAGGAUCGUACGGAUCAAGUACAGCCAGGAGGAAUAUUUCCAGUUAACAGAUGCCACAGGAAACACGAAGGGGCCAAAAUGUCCACUGGAUAGAAAAACCCUCAGGAAAGAAAUACAGUUAGAAGGAGAAAGAGAAAGUCGGGCGAAGGUUGAUGAGAUGGUGGAGAUAGGAUUGAACAGUCCCUUGCUCGAAUCCGGUCUGCAGAUUAUCGAUACUCCGGGCUUGAGUGAGAACGAGGCUUUGGAUGCAGUGGUCACCCAAUGUCUUGAUGGGGUUCUGCAAGUUCUCUUCUACGUAAUCGAUGGUAAUACUGCUUGGCGCCGCCAGGACGCAGAAUUCAUGUCAAAAAUUCUGAAAAGGUCACCGGACAUCAAGAUCAUUUACGUCUGCAACAAGUGCGAAGAGGAUGAAGAGGCGACAAUGCUGGAUGCCCCGGAUAGCGACUCGGAAACAGAAACAUUGCCGCCGCCUAUCCCAAAAGGCACGAUCGUGUUCUCGAAGUUGAAGAAUUCCUGCUUGCUCUCAGAAGAGGAGGAGAUUACAUGUAACAGGUUUUUCCAAAUCUCCUGCACCAGGUUGAAACGAUCUCAAAGUCAUGAUUACAAACCAGACGAGUUUUCUAUCGAAUAUCAGAGGCUGACGAAUUCCCUCUGCGUCAUAUUACGUCACUUCCUCUACCAUUUCCUUCGGCAAGCCGCCCUAAAACUGUUCGGCGUCGUCACCAAGUGCUACGAUGUUUGCAGCAAGCACGAGCGUAGUCGCCCGGAUGACCUUGUGCCGUUGCUGCUUGAGAAGUUUGAGGAAACACAUUUGGACUUUGUCACAACCAUUUUCAAGUACGAAGAACAGUUAAUGUGUGCAGUGGCUGGAGUAAUGGCCAGCAAGAUCGAUGAUGUGUCGAAUGAAAGCAUCACUCGUCUCAAAGGUCUUGGAAGCAUUCUGCAAAUGAUCAGCAAGAAAGGGUUUUACCCGCUUCUUGUGUGUCUUUCUACACUCGGAGAAAAGAUAGCAUCUGAUGAGACCAUGCAACUCACGCUGAAGACCAUGGACUCUGAACUAAAAGCGAUAUCUAAGGACUUCUUCCAUAUAUGUGAGGAGCUCGGUGCCCGUGGUGACAUACUUACUCUUUUGAAGGGAUUUACACAUGCUGUGGAGAAGGCUGAUAUCAUCAAGGGUCUUCCUGGACUCAUAAGGCAGUGUUUGUGGAAACUGGUCCUUCCCGUCAUGGACGUCAGCGAUGUCGAAGAAACAGCGGAACUGUUUUUACCAAUAGAUCAGAUUGUUGCAAUGGUUGAUCCUGGAGAAUUGAGCCAAAGCAUUUGUCGGAAGAUUUCAAAUGAGCUCUCAGAUGGGAGCGCAGUAAUCUAUUUGGUGUGUAAAAUUACGGAGAGUGUUGAAGAGAUAGAAAAGGGCUCUCAAUUUUCCAAGGAGGUGAGGUAUUGCUUCCCGGCAGAAAAUAUGAUAUUGAAGUCUUUGCUUUCAACACUAAAGUACAAAGAGAUUACCAUUCUGGAGACGGUUGGGGAAGGCAGGCAUUGCAUGGUUUACAAGGCAAAACAGGGGAACAUGAUUCUUGCUGCAAGGCGAACUCUUGAGGGAGAAAACAGCGAAGACUUCCGGGACAUGGCAAAAACCUAUGCCAUGUUCAGAGAUUUGAACGACCACUUGAACAUCUUGAAGUCCCUCGAUGUUGGCCGCGCCCCAACUGGACAAGUCCUUCUCCUAGUUCCUUAUAUCGAGAAGAGCCUGUAUCAGGAACUGUGUGAUGGGACGAUGUUACAGUGUGAACCAGAUGAGAGGUUGUCAGUUGGGAUACAGAUAGUAAAGGGAUGCAUGUACCUGAAGGAGAUGGGAUUAGAGGCAGUAGACCUUAGGCCAAACAACAUUAGGCUUCAAGAUGGCUGUCCAAAGAUUGACAUCAGCAAGUGGCGAGGGGUUAGUACCCCCUACCCUCCACCAGACAACCAGCUACCCUUUCAUUUCCCUGCAGAGUGUAUCUGCGCUGACCAGAAACGGUAUCCUUCUACACUGGACAGUUACGGUUCCGCCAUACUGAUAUGGAUGCUUGCUUGUGGAAAGUUUAUCCGGCCUCCAUUUGCUAGUGAGGAAGGCUCCGAAGGACAAGGGGGCCCGGACCCCACGGUAGCCAUUUUGUGUAACCUUGAUCGAGUAAGGCAAGAAUUCGAUGAAAUAAUACAGCAAUGUUCAGGCGCUGAGGCCGGCAUGUCUCUCUUCCUCCCAUUGGUCAGGACCAUCCUAGAGAAAUGUAUUACUGACGAAAUGGAGAGAAUGGAUGUUUUUGAACUACAUGAAAUGCUGCAGUCCCAGAUGGCUAUUCUGCAGUAGUCGAUAAUUUGAUUGCUUGGAGCAGAAUGCUUCGACAUGGCGACUAUCGAAACCAGCCGGAAGAGUAACUAAUCGUAUGAAUGAAAUGCCUAAACAACUUUUAUCUCAUUGUACUUUCCUGUGAAACGCCUAUGUUCGGAAUAUAAGGCGAACUUCAUAUAUUCGUUGUGUGUGUUUGAUGUUGACAGGACUCCAUCUAAAAGCUUCUUGCGAAUGUGGACUCUGCGACCACACGCCAGAGCACAGUCUUUGAUGACCAGAGGAUUGAACUUUUGGCCGGAGCUGGCGCCCGCUAGCCAUUGGGGAAAAUUUGCAACGAUCAUGACGAAUGGCCGACUUCGUCGCUUCACGAUGUCCGAUACAUAUUGACAGGUUAUUAUACGAACGCAUAACACGAAGUUGCCAAGGCAAUCGAAUAAGAUGAUCCACAGUCUUCAGGAUAGAUGCCGCCACUUCUGAUGAAUCUCAGGCGAUCGGCCGUGCCUGCAGAUAACCGAUAAUGCUGGUAGUCAAAGCAUUGGCUUCUGCAGGAGCGAGCUCUAUACUCGAAUAGGGGGCCUACGUUACUACCGUGCCUUGGUGGUGGCAUGGCUUCUACUGGAGCGAGCUCUAUACUUGAAUACGUUACUACCGUGCCUUGGUGGUAGCGUGGCUUCUACUGGAGCGAGCUCUAUACUUGAAUACGUUACUACCGUGCCUUGGUGGUAGCGUGGCUUCUACUGGAGCGAGCUCUAUACUUGAAUACGUUACUACCGUGCCUUGGUGGUAGCGUGGCUUCUACUGGAGCGAGCUCUAAACUUGAAUUCGUUACUACCGUGCCUUGGUGGUAGCGUGGCUUCUACUGGAGCGAGCUCCAUAUACUUGAAUACGUUACUACCGUGCCUUGGUGGUAGCGUGGCUUCUACUGGAGCGAGCUCCAUAUACUUGAAUACGUUACUACCAUGCCUUGGUGGUAGCGUGGCUUCUACUGGAGCGAGCUCCAUAUAAUUGAAUACGUUACUACCGUGC